AUGGCCGGCAUUCAGAAUGCGAUCACCAUUUAUCCUGUAGCAAAUUAUAAUUUUGGUUCGAAAGCAGCAAAGACCGAAAAGGAUACGAACGUACAGGCACGCUUGAGCCGUUGGGAGGAAAAGUACAAAAAGGAGGGGGUGCGCAGAUCUGUAGAUGCAGUUCUAUUAGUGUGGGAGCACAAUCAUCCGCAUGUAUUGCUCCUCCAGCUUGGAACCUCCUUCUUCAAGCUGCCGGGCGGCCGCCUGCGGCCUGGGGAGGAUGAGAAAAUGGGGCUCAGACGGAAGCUGGAGAAUAACCUUUCACCGGAAGCUGCCUCCCUGGCGCACCCAUGGGACAUUGGACAGUGCAUUGCCACAUACUGGCGACCCAAUUUUGACAUGACCCUCUACCCGUACUUGCCUGCGCACAUAACGAGGCCCAAGGAAGUGAAGAAGCUGUAUCUGAUCUCGCUGCCAGAGAAAUGCUACCUUGCGGUUCCAAGGAAUGCCAAGCUUAUUGCUGUGCCCCUCUUUGAGCUCUACGAGAACACCGCGCGAUUUGGGAUGGUGAUAUCUGCGCUUCCUCACAUCCUCAGCCGUUUCAAAUUGACAUUGGCAGGCUCCCCUCUUGCAAUUCUGCAGCCUGAGACUCCCAGUGGAGGGCCGGAAGGGGAGCAGCAACAGAGUGGAUAG